AUGGGGGAUAUAGAGAACAGGUUGGGCACCACUAACACCAUGAAUGCUGGAAUGGAAGAGGAGACACAAUGCGAGUGGAAUUGGAGAGACUCUGCUUUCUUUGGUUCACAAUGCCUGAAAAUUGAUAUAAUCAUAUACCACGGUGGUCCGUUGAAGAAUGCCAAUGCGAACAAGGGAUUGCCAUUUGAAGGGCUGAGUAUAAAGACCUAUUAUACCCAAAUUGAUCGUAGGUUGAAGACCCUUGACGAAUUGAAGAUGAUGGUUAUGGAAGAGUUGUGUGAGAACCCUACUGUGCACAACAUACACAUUACUUAUCGCAUGCCAAAUGAAAUCCUGAAGCACCGGAUUAAUUACAAGUAUAUGGCGAUAGAAGCAGACAAACAUGUGAAGAUCAUGUUUGACAAGUUGGAGAGAAUACCUGAAGUAACUAACAUUGAGUUGUACGUACAGUUGAAGCGACGUGCAGAAGUUGGUAUUGAGGAAAUCCAACAAACACAAACAAGUUUACAAGUUACAGUUCCAGAUGCUCAAUAUGAGUAUUUUACACAUGAUGAUGAUGAUGAGGAUGACUAUGUUGAUGAAAAUAUUGCCAUUAAUGGUGAAGAUUUUGGCAAUAGAGAUGAGAUUGAAGAUAGGAUUGAACAAGGGGACUUUAGGGACUUUGAGAGGGACAUUGAUGACGAUGAGACAUUGGACGACACAAUCCCUGUGUACUCACCACCUGCCUUGUCAUUUUCUGAAAAUACUUGGGAUAAUAUGGUUGAUCCUUCACAUAUUGAGACACCAUUUGUGUCUAGUUGGAGAGAGGGGAUGAAUUUGUGCAAAGGCUUGACUUUUGCCAAUAAAAUGGAGGUGCAACGCGUAUUAACAAAGUGUGCCCUCAAGGAAAACAAACAUUUUAUGAUCAGUAGGUCAACCACGACAAAACUUUGUGCGAAAUGCGUGGAUGAGUCAUGCACGUGGUAUGUCUGCCCAGUCAUGAAGCCCAAGUUCCACAAUCUAUGGAUGGUCACCAUGUACAAGGGUCCUCACACGUGUAUACGGACUGGGGUGCGAAAUGAUGGUAGAAUGAUGAGUUGUAAAUUUAUUGCAGAUGACAUCCUUAAGAAGUUAUGUGAGGAUCACACUACCCCAAUUAAGCAUCUCAGAUCUAUGAUAGAGUCGAAAUAUGAGAGACAAAAGCCUUCUUACUACAAGGCAUGGGAUGUGAAACAAAAGGCAAUUGGGAAGAUGUUUGGGAAUUGGGAAGAGUCUUAUCAAAGGUUGCAAAAGUUGCUAAUGGCAUAUAUUGAUCAGGAUCCGACUACCCAGGUGUUCUAUCGUACCACAUCCACCGGUGAAGAUGACACAGUAUUUUUGAAUUAUGUGUUUUGGUCUUUCGGUCCAAGCAUUGAUGGAUUCAAAUAUUGCAAGCCGGUUAUCAGUAUUGAUGGGACCCAUCGGUCCAAGCAUUGGUGUCAAUGGAAGCAGAACUGA